AUGCACUUCCUCGAGGGCCUUUUGCAACUCGCGUUUGUAGUUGGCAAUGACGAGUUCUUGAUCAUCUAUGCGUUUGUGGGCGCAGUCGAGGUUUUCUUUGGUUGUAUCGAGCUUGGCCUGGCACGAGAUGUUGGAUGCAAGCAGGGAUUGCUCGUUGGAGCCAAAGAGUUUCUCAAACUCUUCGCGGUAUCGGUUGAGGCUCGACACGGCUUCGAGUUCAGCAAGGGUUUCUUGAUACUGGCGUUCGAGAGUGCGGAAUUGGGCUUCAAUAUUACACGUGAACGAAUCUGCACAAGUUGGUUGGAUCCAGAAACGAAAAUGAUCCCGCAGUGGUCCUUGAUAAAAAUCGUCGUGAUCUCAACGGUGGUUUCCAUGCCUUGGGCCGAUGCAAAUCGUUUCAGGAUCAACAAGGCGAAAAGCAAAGAAAACGGUCACCCAAGCCUCCUCUAUCCAAAAGACACAGCUACGCGAGAACUAAAACGCCUAGAUGGAGUCUGGGACUUUCGUUUGGCUCCUUUCAACAAUUCGGAAAUCGGCUUCACGCAACAGUGGUUCAGCCAACCCUUGAGAAAUACCGGGACAGUUUUGGACAUGCCGGUUCCAUCUAGUUUCAACGACAUCACACAAGACCGGAAAAUCCGAGACCACGUUGGCUGGGUGUGGUAUGAAACGAAUUUCAUACCACCACAAUCUUGGGCGACUGAUUCCAGGAUUGUUCUGCGAUUCGGCAGCGUGCAGUACCUCGCAGUAGUCUAUCUCAACGGAAAUCUGAUCACAACUCAUGUCGGGGGUCAUCUACCAUUUGAAUCCGACGUGACCACAUCACUGAACUUCGGAUCCAAAAACCGCAUCACUGUGGCGGUCAACAACACACUGGACCACAACACGGUGCCUCAGGCAGACAUUUAUCAAAGACCAGGCGCAGAAUACGCGGUCCAAGAUUUAUUCUUCGACUUCUUCAACUACGCUGGGAUUCACAGAUCAGUGAUUUUGUACAGAACUCCGCAGACAUAUAUCAACGACGUCACUUUCGUCACGCUAGAAGUGAACGAAGAACAAUCCAACGCGCAAGUAUCUGUGUCAGUCGACAUACGACCAGCAACGACGGGCGGGUUAGAAUGCUUGCUGGUCCUGGAAGACCACACUGGCAGUAUUGCGCAUUCAACAAGCAUUGACUUGGAUGCAGCCAAUAGCGUUUCUUUCCCACUGACCAAUGCCAGAUUUUGGUGGCCAUAUCUGAUGAGGACUGAUUACGGCUACUUAUAUCAACUAAAACUCAAUUUGCAAAGGAAGUCAGAUGGUCUCCUCCUGGACUCAUAUGAUUUGCCUGUAGGCAUCCGAACUGUGUCAUGGAACUCUGAUCAGUUCUUCAUCAACAAUUCGCCAUUUUACUUCCGUGGAUUUGGAAAACACGAAGAUUAUCCGAUUCGGGGAAAAGGUCUCGAUUGGCCGUAUAUAAUCAAAGACUUCAACCUCCUUCACUGGGUCGGCGCAAACUCUUUCCGAACUUCCCAUUACCCCUACUCUGAGGAAAUCGUCCAAACUGCGGACAAAUAUGGAAUCGUCAUAAUUGAUGAAGUACCAGCUGUGGCUCUAAGAUACUUCCAUGCAAGCGUACUUGAUGUUCACAAGCAGAUGGUUGCGGAACUUAUACAAAGGGACAAAAACAACCCUAGUGUGGUCAUGUGGUCAUUGGGCAAUGAAUGCAAGACUGCGAUCAAUGAGUCACAACCAUACUUC